AUGAGUGAAGAUGAAGAAUGGUUGAAUGUAGGCAAGUCAUUCGUCUAAAAUUAACCAAAAUAAUAAGAGAAUAUUAUAGAAGACAUUAUUAUUGAAAAUUAAAAGGAGAAAAAGAAAAAAGAUAAAAAAAAAGAAAAAUUGUCUUAAGCAUAAUAACAAAUUGCAAUCAAGUUUACAGAAGAAGAGAUUGAAGCCUAUUAUGAUUAAAAAUUGGAAAAUUGUAAUUAAGUAUUUUCAUAUUGAUUUUUUCUGUAGAAUAUAAAAUAGACACUUCAAAAUCAUUUAUUUAUAAGCACGAAAUGGGAGCUGGCUUAUUAUCUGUUUAAGUACUUCCAAUUGGUAAUAAUUAAAUUUUAGCUUAUGGUUUUUUGGAGUAAGACAUUCCUCACUAUGUCAGAACAAAUCAGUACUCAAUUUUGUUAUUUCUAGGUAAAGAAUAUUGGGGGUGAAAAAUCAAAAAAAAGUCAAUUCGAUUCUUGAUAGUGUCACAAGAACAAGAGAAAAAUAAACAUUUGAAUAUACUAGAUAUACUGAGUCUGCUCAUUUUCAAACAGAAAAAUCCUAUGUUAUAUAACCUUAAUCUAAGCUUUGCAAUGAGGACUUUGUGCCCUUUAAUAAUUAAUUGAUUGAAGUUGAUCCCAUUUCCAAGGAUUAAAAGCUCUAAGAUCGAAAUUUAGAAUUAUAAAAUUAGCUUCAGACAAAUGUGAAUGAUUUAGAUAUUUGGAAAGAAUUUUUGUUAAUCUAAGAAAAAAUUGCAGAAUUGUAAGGUUAUAACGAACCUUUAUUGUUGGCAAAUCGAAGAUUAUCAAUUUUACAAAAAUUGGAGCAAGUAUCAGAAGUGCUCGCUGAUCACCCAUGGGUAUUAGCUUAUAAAAUCUCUCUAAUGCAAAAUUUAGAGUUAAGAAAUGAUGAAUUACAUAAAGAAAUUGAUAAUUGUUGGGCUGAGCUAUUUUCAAAAUAUGUUCAUAUACAACCAAUAUGGAUUCUUUUUCUGGACCAUAAACUCAAAACAGAAAUAUUUAGUGCCACAAUGUUAAGAGUCGAAGCUAAUAAACAUAUAGCUAAUUUAUAAAAGCUGAUUAAUGAAACCACAAGGGCACAACUGGUUUAGUUAUUCAAAAGAAUUUAUAUCGAAUUAAUAUAGUAAAUAGCUUUUUAUGAAAGUGAAAUGGGUUUUAAAGAGAGAUCUGUUGGUAUUCUUUAAGCAUUAUGUGAAAUGAAUUUAUUUGCUCCUAAGCAUUUAUAAAGGACCUAUGAUUUGGAAGAAAAAGUUAAAGAAUUUAGAAAUUAUUGGGAUUUGAAUGUGAGAACUGGAGAAUAAAAUGAAUACGGGUGGAUUGACACACCUGAAUUGAAAGAUGAUUUCAUUGGGUAUUUUGAUUUGAGUCAAUAAAUAUAAGAGCAAGAGGAUUAAAUUUAAUAAUUCCUAUCCUUUCAAUAGUUGAAAAGAUGGAGACCAGCUAAUCAACGUUUUGAUAUAGAAUGGAUUAAGUAAAAUGUUGAUGCAGCAGUAAUUUAUGAAGAUAUUGAACCUUACCUUUACAUUUUUAAUGAUUAAGAAUCUAAACUUAAUCUUGUAAGUAUUUUAUUACAAUAAAUUGGGUAUCCUCCAAUUGAUUCAUAUAUUUUACCUUAAAUAAAUUAAUUUCAUAGUGCUGAUAUGUGUUACAAUAAAAUUAGCUUUGAUUAUCAUUAGAAUGAAUUUUUCAUUAAAUAUCAAAGCAUUUUUUAAGGUAAGUUUUAAAAUAACUUAUCCUAAUUUGUAUAUGUAAAACGAUUGCUCGAAAAAGUUUACCAACAGAUUAAUAAUUAGUUUUUACUGGUUUAUCUAUUCAUGCUUUAUGGUAUUUUAUAUUUGAACAAUGAUGUAAUUGCACCCAAUUAGGUUUUAUAAUAAGAAUUAAAAUCUGGAUUAAAGUAGAUCAAAAAUAUAUUAAAAGAUUAAUAAAAUAAUUUAGUACUUUGGAUACUUUACUAAGAAAUUGAAUCGCUUAAAAAAUAAUCUUAUCAAGUUCAACUCAUCUCUUAAAUAAAGCUAUUUGCUAAAUCUAGGAAAUAAAAGUUAAUGAUCCUCUAUUUUUAAUUUAUCCAUUAGAAUUCUUAUGAGACUUCACUUAAUAUAAUAAAAGUAACAAUUAUAUUUCAAUUAUUUUAGGAAGCACUAACGGCUUAUGGAGAAGAGACAAAUAUUAGUGAUAGCACUUUAGUUUUAAAAUUAAGAAAUCUGUAUAGACAAUCAAGAAACAAGUGGUAAAAUAUUGAAUAUCUUUUCCAAUAUAAGAAGGAACUUUAUCCAUUUUCAUUGUCUAAACGAUCUAUAUUAUUAAUUUUUCUUUUGUUUCUAUAAUAAAAUGCCAUAAAUGAAAACUUAUAAAAUUUAAUGCAAGAAUCAAAGUAACUAAAAAGUGUCCAUUUCACUGAUUAAUAAUAAAGGAAAAAGAUUUUAAUUAAGUAUAAGAAUGAAGUGUCAUUAAUUCUGUUAAACCUUUUAAGAUUUUCUUAGGAAAAGGAAGAGAUAUGUAAAGUCGCUUUAAAAUUGGAUUAAGAUUAAAUAAUUUUUUUUAUUACCUACAUCCAUUAUUUAACUAAGAAAUUCUUGUACUUUUAAAGACUAGUUGAGUUACAAGAAAUAAUUUAAUUGUAAUCGCCCUAAAUAUGUUGGAUAGCUUAUGUACUUAGUCAAGAUCCUAAUAAAUCAUGGUUCUUGGUUGAGUAUUUAAAAAAUCAAACGGAGAAGGGAUUAGCAUAGAUAUAUUGUGAAAGCAACGAUUAAGAAAGUAAAUUCUAAACUUAUAAAUAGAUUUUGAAGGCACAGUAAAUUUAAAGUAUAAUUAUAUUUUGGAAUUGAUGUUCAUGGAUUUAUAAAAAAAACUAAAUCCAAAUGUGAAAUAAAUGUAUAAGAGUUUAAAAAGAAACCCAUUCUCAAUAGUAUAGAAUAAUAAUUAAUAUAGUGUAUGUAUGCAAAAGUAAUUGAAGAGCUUAAAGAGAGAAAUGAAUCACUUAAUCUACUCCAGGAUUUGUAAGAAAAAGAGUUAAAGUGCUUUUGA